UUUAUAGAUUAUCAGCCCCCAACGAUAACGUGUCCUGACAUAAGAGGUCAUACAACCAAAGGAAAAGCGACAGGAAAGGUAUCAUGGAAUAUCCAGGUGACAGACAAUUCUGCAAAUGUGGAUCCCAAUGCGAAGAUAAAUGUAGCCUCAUCUCAAGAAUUUCCUAUUGGUGAAAAUGACGUUCAGGUUGCUGCUAGUGACAACAAUGGAAAUACAGCAAUAUGCAGAUUUAGCGUUUACAUUGAAGGUUAAUAGAUAAAAAGUGAAAAACUUCAGGCCUCUUCCACUCGUAUCAGGAUAUUUUUUGAAAAUGGAGAUUUUUUUCUCCAAUUUCGAAAGAGCUUCUAUUAUAGGGCAUGCUUUGUAUGACUUAUGGCAUCAUUGUGUUUUCGUGUUUUUUGUGUGUUCGUAAACCUCUUUGUAAUCUUGACAGUGUCUAGUAUGUCCGUGAUCGAUUUGUGACAGUGCAUCAGUCCGCAGUUGUGUAGGCGGUCCUGCUUCAUGGUGCUUCUCAGGUAGUUCUUGAGAUCUCUCGAGUCGUCUGAGGGCAGAAAAUGUGCGCUCUGAAGUCGCCGAUUUCACAGGUACUGUCAAAUACAGCCUUAAAAGUUUUUUAGGGGCACUAAAACGUGGAGGGCUCUGCCCCACAAAUUUUUGUUUGGAGGGGGGGCUACGGAUUCCACUGCCACCCCCCCCCCUGACAGUUAAUGGUCAUAAACUCUGUUUUGGGUGCACUGAUAACAAGACCAAGGUCUGAAGCGGCAUCAGCAGUUCUGGUGAACUGGGACUGGGCCCGUGAUAUUGAUAUUGUGAUAUUCUAGGAGGGCGAUGUCAUUAGCGAAGUCCAGGUCAUCCACCAUUUUAGCCGGAUACCUUCUCUACUGAUCUGACGAGAACAGGUUACCACUCCGGAAUCAGGUCCAGAUGGCUUACCCAAAAGGUAGUGAACAAGAAUGAUAAAGAAUGAUAAAGAGGAAGGGUACCAAAAAAUCGCCCUGAAGGACUUCUUUUGUAACAUCAAAGGCAUCGGAGAUGCUUCCAUCCACCAUUACAGCACUGCUGGAUUUGCUAUGAAGAACUUGUAUGACAUUGAGUAUAGUUUUGGGAAUGCCGUAGUUUCGAAGUGCUACGACUAACAUAGCUGCUCUGUUGAUGGAAUUAAAGGCUUUCUUGAAAUCCACGAAGGUAACAUAACAGUAAGUGGGAUUUGGUAUUCUUUGAACCGUCCCAUAAUUUUUCUCAGUACGUGGAUUUGCUGAGCACAACUUCGACCUGGUCUAAAGCCAGCUUGAUGUUUCCUCAGAAUAGGAUCUACAUGUUGUCGAAUUCUAGUGAUCAGAACAAGAUAUUAUUGUACACUUUUGCAGCACUGGACACGAGGAAAUGCCUCUAUAGUUUGUCAUUAGUAGGAGGUCACCUUCCUUAGGUAGCAAACUAAUAAAAUUGUGGUGAUAAUAAUGAGGUAUAAACUUCAGAGCAAAAUACAUGAAUGGCAUCAAGCAUAUGAUCACUGCCGCCUUGAAGAGCCUCAGUAGUAAAGGCACAAUCCAAAGCUGUUGCUUAUUGUUGUUUCUUUUCAUGGCUGCAAUUGCUUCAGCAGUCUCCUGUCUAGUUGGAAUCAAUUUUUAUCGGAAGGUCUUCUGCUGCUAAAGGGGGUAGCUCUGAGGGUGUGAUCCCAUUGCAUUCUCGAAGCUUCGCCGCUUAUUUGCCAUCUCGCCCAUGAGGCUAUGAGAGGAACUUGUGAGCGAAAUUCUAUAAAGUUCUUAGAUUCGUCGGACGAAUCGUCUUCAUCCUAAUCCGAAAUUUAGACCUCCAAAAAAGCGUGUGCUGCAUUAAACUGAAGGAAAUCAAUCUUUAAACAGACUCUGCAAAGAUGAACAAACAUGCUCUAUGGAUCACGCAACGCUCUCUGGGUUACUGGGUUAAUAAUUGAUAUUGUUCAUUUUUUUUAAGGAAAAAUCUACUUAUUUUAUAAACUGGGCGUGCCUUGAGGCAGCCCAGUUAAUAGCAUACUUAUCAUCAACAUUGCAUUUUGAAUAGAAGCUCUUGAUGGUAUCUCCAUCGUCCACCAUUGAGCGUCAACUGAUUCUAUUGUACUGAUCGUUAAUGCGUGGAAUAACUUGCCUAAACUGUUAUACACGCAGGAUUGCUGACUUUAUUUCGCAACAGAUUAAGGAUUUAUAUGAAUAUUGAUUAAUAGGUUUGUAAAUAGUUUCAAUUAUGAUAUGCAAAUGAUAUUUUUUACUGUUAGUAGUUUUUAUGCACCUAAAAAGGGUUGGCAGGGAGAAUAAAGAGAGACUGCUCGUAGUCUACUGUUUGCCUAAAGUACCUACUAUUUACUAAGUGCGUGAUCUUGUGAGUAGCGAGCCGGCGUUUUGAACAAAAACGAAGCAAUUGGCAACUUCUUUAUAAUAAAAAGGUUUGUAAUGUUUAACAGAACGAGGAAGAAGUAGUUAAACACUGUUAUACACUGUUCCAUAAAAUGCUAUAGCAGCCUUACUAAAACAGAAUGAAAAUUCCCAUCGGUCCACGCGCACUUCCUUUUUUUCUUUUCCCCAACCCCCUCGCGCAUUUUUCUUUUAUUUUUCUCUUCUUUCCAACCUUCCUACGACACAAAAAGGCCUCUGUGGGGAAGAGAAUAGUAUGCGCAUACCCUUUGUCUCCUACGAUAAAAUCUUGACCUUUUCUUUUUUACAAUGUCAUUUUACUUUAGAUAUUGAACCACCUAUCGUCAAGCAGUGUCCAGGAGAUAUUGUCCGAGAAGAGGAAUACAGCGAAGUGAGAGUAGAGUGGACGAGACCAGUUUUCUCCGACAAUUCGGGAAGUGUCUUUUUCUCUGCAAACAGACAAAGCGGAGAUUUAUUUGAAGUUCCCGGCACCUAUCAAAUUGUGUAUACCGCAAACGACCGGUCAUAUAAUCAGAACAGAAAUUGUUCAUUCACGAUAACGCUGAAAAGUAAGUUUUACUCGUACGUUACUAAAUUUUCAGCACUGUUUCACGAACUGCAAAUAAUCAUAUACAAACUUUCAGUUGCCAGUCAGUUUCACUUUUCUAUCUGAGUAGUUUUAGUGCAAUAAGUUUCAUGGCAUUGAGACUAUUUUGAAAAACAGUAAUAGCACAUUUGAUAUUUUUAACACAAGACAUGUUAUCAAAAAGGCAGUUCUUCUGCUUAGACCAGUUAAAUCAAUAUGGCGAUAAUAAUGAAAGUGUAAAAAAUAGGAGAAAAGAGCCUAAAUAUAAAUACAUUUAUUAAACAAUGUAAAGAUAUGAACAAGAAAACUAAGGAACAAUGCAUAUCUUAAACAAAGGCUGGAAUUGAAGUGCUGUAAUUGUUAAGUCGGCCUACCUUUGUCGUUUCCAACGAGGGGCGGAAGCAAGAGGAGUGUCUACGGCCUAGAAAAACCAUGAAUGUAUAACGCAAAGGGAGGGAAUGAAUAAAAUUGGCUUUAACUAGGUGGACAAGCUGGACGCCCUUCAACAAAAAUACCUUGAUCUGACCCUGAAGAGACGAUUUUCUUUUGUUUCACAUUUUGAUUCCGUUGGAAAAUGGUAGUGGUCGGUAAAUUGUUUCAUCUACAUUAGUCGGACAGAACUAAGUUAACAUUGUUGUUUUUCUCUAUACCCAAACUUUCAAUGUUUUAAACCUUUAAGCUAAACAAUGAAGGGAAACAAGUUUUGUUGUGUUUUUCUUGCAGAAAAACUGUGUCCUUUAUACCCGCCUCCUAAAAACGGAGCCCUAGCGUGCGUUCGUAAAGGUGUUGAUGAUACUUGUGCGGUCAUGUGUCAGACUGGAACUGACUUUGAGUUUAACGUCCCAUUACUGUACUUCUGUUCAUCUGGACAGUGGCAUUUUUAUUCGGUCUCAAACGUGCCUUAUGAUUCGACUUUACCCUGGCCAAACUGUACUGGUAAGAGCUCUUAA